CCGGUGGGCUCGCUCAAGUAUCCGUCCGUCCAUCGGUCUGUCUGUCCGUCCGCCCCGGAGCCAGAUUGCUGGCCGCUUUCCGCGCCCACUGACUCCGGGUGCUCCGGGUAGCUGAGCCCCAGGCCUGCCUGGCCCCGCGCGUGGUCCCCGGGAGGAGUGUGUGACAGGCUGCGUGGGGCGCGGCGAUGGGGCGUGCGCGCAGCCUGGGGUGCGGGGCUCCUGCUGAGCCUGCCUGGCCCCGACCUCGGCGGGGCGCAGGGCCAGUGUGACCUUGCAGCCAGGAGUGCACGCGCAACCCCGCGGGGCUCCCAUACAGGCCGCUGUCCCUGAGCCCCAGGAGCAGGACCCUCUCUCUGAGCCUGGCCUGGGGCCCAGGAGGCUGCAGAGCUGCCCACGCCUCCGGGGGAAGCUGCCAAGGGCCGCCAUGGAGACCCCUGCCCCGAAGCCCCAGGAGACAGCUCUGUCCUCUCAGGACCCUGCGCUUCCUCUCAAAGAGAUUCCAGAGAAUAAGUUGGGUCAGGGGCUCCUGGCAGCCAGAUCCGAGGAAUCGGUGACUUUCAAGGAUGUGGCUGUGGACUUCACCCAGGAGGAGUGGGGCCAGCUGGACUCUCCUCAGAGGGCCCUGUACCGGGACGUGAUGCUGGAGAACUACCAGAACCUUCUCGCCCUGGGGCCCCCGGUCUGCAAGCCAGAUGUGAUCUCCCAUCUGGAACGAGGCGAAGAGCCGUGGCAGGUGCCCAGAGAAGUCCCCAGAGGGGCUCGUGCAGGGUGGGAGCCCAGGCCUGGGGGACAGAAGGACUUGUGUCGGCGGCAGCAGGGCCUCUGCAGAGAAGAGCCUUCCCAGGAGUCAACUGCGGAGGGGCUGGCGAGGUCCAGUCUCCACAGCCGCGGGCCAGGCGCCGGGUGGGCCUGGGAGGGCCCCUUGGCGGCUCCGUCCAGAGGCGAGGCUGCGCUCUGGAGCUGUGCGCCCGCCGGCUGUGGGGAGGUUCCCACAGAGGGGCGCUGGCAGGGACAGGAAGCGUCGGGGGAGGCGUUUCCCCGCAGGUGCACCCUCUUCGCCCAGCAGAGCCAAGGAGCCCUCGUUCCUGCAUUCGGAGAGGCUCCCGACAGACACGCCGACAGUGUCCCGUCCAGCGAGGCUGGGAGUCAGCAGCGGAGAACGUGCGCCGGGAGGAGGGACUGCAAGCCCAGCGAACUGGGAAAGCCUCCGCCCGCAGCUGAGCGCCAGAGUGCUGGCCCCGGGGCGGGGCUGUUUGCGUGUGGCCAGUGUGGGAAGGCCUUCCAUCAGAGCUCGUCCCUCACCCUGCACCAGCGGUGGCAUGCGCGGGAGAAGGCCUACCGGUGUAACGAGUGCGGCAAGGCCUUCACCUGGAGGACCAACCUCAUCGAGCACCAGAGGAUCCACACGGGCGAGAAGCCCUUCCUCUGCGGCGAGUGUGGGAAGGCCUUCAGCUGCCACUCGUCACUGAACGUGCACCACAGGAUUCACACAGGCGAGAGGCCCUACAAGUGUAACGCCUGCGAGAAGGCCUUCAGCUGCAGCUCACUCCUGAACAUGCACCUCCGCGUCCACACCGGGGAGAAGCCCUACAAGUGCAGCGAGUGCGGGAAGGCCUUCAACCAGAGGACGCACCUGACCCGGCACCACAGAAUCCACACGGGAGAGAAGCCGUAUAAGUGUGACGAGUGCGGGAAGGCCUUCACAUGCCACUCAUCCCUGACCGUGCACGAGAAAAUCCACAACGGAGACAAGCCAUUUAAAUGCAACAACUGCGCAAAGGCCUUCAAUAACCGUUCACGCCUCACCCUCCACCAGAGGAUUCACACCGGAGAGAAACCCUUCAAGUGCGGCGAUUGUGGGAAGGGCUUCAGCUGCCACUCCUACCUGGUCGUGCACCAGAGGAUCCACAGCGGGGAGAAGCCCUUCAAGUGCAACGAGUGUGGGAAGGCCUUCAGCUCCCACUCCUACCUCAUUGUGCACCAGAGGAUCCACACAGGGGAGAAGCCCUUUGACUGCAGUCGGUGCUGGAAGGCCUUCAGCUGCCACUCAUCCCUCAUCGUGCAUCAGCGGAUCCACACUGGAGAGAAGCCCUAUAAAUGCAGCCAGUGCGGCAAAGCCUUCAGCCAGAAUCACUGUCUGAUUAAACAUCAGAAAAUCCACUCCGGGGAGAAGUCAUUUAAAUGUAAUGAAUGUGGUGAGAUGUUCAACUGGAGCGCCCACCUCACUGAACACCAGAGAAUGCACAGAGAAGAGAAGCCCUUCGCCAUCCAGUUCAACAAGCAUUUGCUGGACACGUACUAUGUUCCCAGCAGCCUGCUGGACGCGGGUGGCAUGGGCGUGAGCGGCAUGGACCCCAUAAACUCACUGGACAUGGCAGAGCUCCUGUGUGUGGUUCAGCCCUCGGCCAGUAGGAACUUCCCCCUGGGCAGCAAGCCUGGAAAUUAACACGUCAUCUGGCCUCUUCCCCCGGGUGAAGGGGGAGAGAACACUGGCUCGGAGGUACGUGCUGCCGCAGACACCCUCUUAAUAGUGGCCAUCCCCUCCCGGGGAAGGGGUACCCUGUUAGGAGUGGAGAGCUGAGUGCCGUUUGAGGAUGGCCCGCGGUCCUGUUUCCUUUGAUGGGUUUGGAAGUCACCGACCAGGGGAAUCGCUAUUUCCUGCAGACAGAAGGGUAUGUCAGUCAUUGCGUCCUCAGACAGGUUCCUGGCGUGAUUUCAAUCAGGAAUUUCGUCUGUGAACUGGUAUGUUUAAAGUAAUAGGAAGAAUUUGUAAAAACCAGAAUUAUGAACAGUAUUACCUCCAAGCGAACAUUCAUGUAUUCCUGGAGGGGAGAGUAACCUUGGAUGGAGGGAGUUUGGGAAAAAGUGGAUUUCCUAGACUCACCUCACUUAAGUGGCUCUCCUACAGAGUCACUUGGUAGAGGUGGCACCAAUGUCACAGGAGCACAGACCAGCAUCAGAGUAGCCAGGUCCUGACGGGCCAACGUCACGCCUGGCCGCCUGGCCACCACGCGUGGUGGGACUGGGAGCACGUAGGCGGGGCCCGGCGCAUCCACGGAAGGUGGGUGCGUGUCGGGGGAGGUGUGCCUAGAAGCGCCCCUUCACCCCAGGCUGGGGCUGCUGGAGGUCUCCCCAGGCACCAUGCAGCUCAGCUCAUCUGCACCCCCGCCCCCCGAGGGCAAAGCACCUCCACGGAGACCGUCCCCCACUCCCCGCAGGGACAGGAAGAUGGCCUUCAUCUGGGAUUCAUGUUCUCUACUCAGUUCUAAGCAAGUACAAGAUGCCUUCUCAGUGGUAAUACUUUACAUUUGUAUAGAGCGCUAUAUAGUUUAUGAAAUGCUUUUUAGUAUACUUUUUAAAUUAUGG